GAAAUCUUGUUCGCAACGGACCGACGUCGUUAGCCUUUUGGAGAAAUCGAUCGACGUUACUUCUUUACGAAUUAAUUUAAAUUUAAUAGAGACAGCUAAAGUUUCGUUUUGAGUUUCGUGUCCACCUCCUUCUUCCGAUGUCCUUUGGUUCUUCCUUUAAUUGACACUUGGGACUAGAAGAUAACUUUUCGAUUCUGAAAGUUUCUCUACUUUCCUUUGAACCUUCCUUCUGUUUCAGUGCUUCCUCCUUCUUCUUUUUCUUCUCUCUCUCUCUCUCUCUCUCUCUCUCUCUCUCUCUCUCUCCCCUCUCGUUCACCUUUCCGUAUAUCUCUUUAUUGAAAGAACUAAUUAUAGUGGACGUUAACGAGCAAACGAGUAUGCCUGACACUUCAAUAUAAGUUGUCGUUCGGUAUCGGUUCCGUUGGCUUCUGCGUUGUCGGUGACCUGGGUGUCCGUCGUCGUUCUGGCAUCAUCAUCAUUGCCUCACGUUAAUGGACAGUUUCCGCCUCGUGGAAUCAUGGGACCACAACUGACGGCGGUCAGAGAGAUACGAAGCAACUCGUGGUAGCCGGAAGAUAAUCGAGGGUAUCGUAGCUGGACGAUUGAAUGUCUAAUGAAAAUGCAGCAGUUUGCGGUUGCGGUAUAACCGUGGAUGUGUCCAGAAGAAAAGUACCUAUAUGGAGGCACAGCAAGUCCGAUGGUCGAAGCUCGAAAAAACAGCAAAACGAUGGCCGUGGAUCGAAAAAUAGAAAUUCUGAAACUGGAAGCAGUAGUACUGUGACCGACCACGCGAAGCCAAUGACAAAGAGUAGUAAACAGGAGAAACGUUUCAAUCGCCCGAGGAGGAGUGUAAGCGCUGGACCCGUCAUACCUGACUACACAUAUAUAAAUCCGAAUUCAAACAUACUCAAUGGACCGAUUCGUGAAACCAUAUCAGAGGCUCUCUACGUGACUAUACCGGAUACACCAAAUGCAAUGGCCAACGAUACCGGAAAUAGUCUAACGAAUUCGCAAAACCGAUCGCCACCUGUCUAUACCAUCCCUUCAAUGACUUCACCUCCGCCUACGUAUGAUGCCUCCGUCGCAAAAUCAUGGCAGUCCGGUUUGCCACCUACGUACGAAGAAUACUUAUGUCACGAAUACGAGAUGAUACCGCGCUCACAUACGCCUCCGCCACCUUGGUCGGAUUCAACGACGAAUUCGUCAUCGACAAGGCCAUCCUCUUCAGUUAUCCGAACACGUCGCGAGCUUGGUGAGUAUUUUGCACAGCUGACGAUCUCCCAGAACAACGAGUAUGUUCCUCUUUAUCAAGCUCAGCAGCAUCAACAGCAACAACACUCUGGUACUGUCCAUCGGGAUAUUGGUGGUUACCUCACGAAUAAGCAAGUCUGCAGGGAACAGCAGAUCAGAGCGCAACAACGAACACGACCGAUGCCUCCCAGGUCGCAGAGCGAGAGUCGAGCGCAACAGCAAAGAAUCGCAACGAUGUACGAAGAUGGUGCUUUUUGCAUGGAAACAACGGCACUAACAUCGAUGUUCGAGCAUGGAGUAGCUUUUUGUAGCCUAAUGUAAGAGAAGACUUUCAAAAGGAAACCUGUUACAAGACCAAAAGUCUCGAAUGUAAUUUUCACUCUUCGAGAUGACGAAGAUUCAAAGACAUAAGUAUAAAAAAAAUUCAUAAUUGUUCUUAUCGCAUAUAUCAUUGAGUUAUAUUAACGAAUGUCUAUCAUUGAUCUAUCGAUCGAUUAAUUAUCUUCUAAAAUCGUCUAUAAUGAAGAAAGAAAAAAACAGAACAGUAUUUUCAUUCGGAAUAACGUUCAAUAACGUUAAACAGGAAGUCACUUAUUUUUCUGAAUUAUUCGAGGAUAUAAUGUAUUUCGUUCUUCGAUUUUCUAACUAGGUAACAAUUUAUAUUGACAUAUAAAAAAUAUAUUCGUACAACAUAUAGAAGAUCCCAGACAAAAAUGUCUAUACAUAUUGUAUAUUAUUAAGUAUUUCAAUACGAGUUAUAAAAAAGUAUUUAUUGUGUAUAUGCAUGCUCAUAUUUAUAUGUGUAGAUUAGUUUUUAAAUAGUGUACAUUAUUUUUUAUUAACUUCGUUUAUUACAUUCGUAACAUCAGGUUUCAAUUCUAAUAUAAAUCGCCAAUAAAAACGAGCGUUUUUAUAAAUGCGAUAUAAUAGAUAGUAAAGCACGAAAAACGGUCUAGGAAGCUCUCAACAUUCGCUCUAUGCCACAUCUUACAAAUAUAUAUAUAUAUAUAUACACGUAUGUAAGAACGUGGCCUAAUUUGUUCAAAUCGAUAAACAUUAUAUUUUAUGUACUUUAAACUUCUGUGACUACUUUAGUGUACUUCAAAUAAUAGGAAUGAUAAAAAUAAUAACUUAAAAAAAUCGAUGUUGUUACCUAGUUACGUGCGUACAUUUUAUCGUAAAAAUUUUUUAUCAUACAUUUUUUAUCGUACGCUGAAGGAUUUUUAUCGUACAACAUUAUUUAUUUCCUUUCCAGAAUUUAUUCGUUUAUACUGCUUCUCUCU